AUUGCCAUUUUAGGUGAACUAUACAAUUCAUUUAAAUAACAUUUAUAUAUUCAACUGCUGCAUGAUUUCCUGGAAGUACAUGACUUUUCAAUGUAGCUAUAUAUUGCUUAUAAUGAAAUGUUCAAUCAUAAAACAUGGCUGCUUUUGAACGGGCUCCAAUGGAGAAACCAGUGGGUCAAGGUUCAGCUUGUUAGUAAAUGCCACAACUGCACCAUCUGACUUCCGAAAGCAUCUUUCUCCAUCCCUGGCUCUCUUUGGUUCAUCUCCUACAUUAGAUUGAACAAUGCUACACCCUCAAACAGCGCUCAGGACCAGCUCUCCUGUUCACACCGAUGAUUGAUGGUUAAGAUGUAGGUGUUUACACAGCAUAUAGUCAGCUCUCGGCGUGCGUGUAGGUGUGUUGUUUGAUGUAGAGGGGCACAGUAACUGCACUGGUUCAUGUUCGGUUGAGCCCACACCCUGUGCUUGUGUGGGUGUUGUUGGUCGUAGCUUUAGCUGGAGGUGUAGGCGAUUGGAGAUUAUAUGCUCUGCACGUUAGACCGUGAGAGAAAGAGAGAGAGAGGGAAAGCUGUGCUGUAGGCCGCCGGCUCAAGGCAGAAAUGGCUGCUUGUGGAUGACUCAUUCUCCAGCACUCAGAGUGUUUGUCAAGGAGACUGAAUCAUACAGUGUGUGAAGAGGAGGCUGGAGAUUUCUCCCUGCUUUCUGGAUGCAGACAUGCUCGGUCUCCGUGCUUCUGAGCGCGCCUGGGUGACGCUCGCCCCGCCGAUGCCGUGAGCGCUGCCGCUGGAUACACAGAGAUGACGGAGAGCAGCCGUGACAGUUACAUUGUGCGCGUCAAAGCGGUGGUCAUGACCCGAGAUGACUCGAGUGGGGGAUGGCUGGCACAGGAAGGUGGGGGCCUCAGCAGGGUGGGCGUCUGUAAGGUGAUGCCUGCUGAGCUGACCGGCCGCAGCGACUUCCUCAUCCACGGCGAGCGCCUCAAAGACAAGCAGGUGAUUUUGGAAUGUUUCGUGAGGAAAGAUCUGAUCUACACCAAGGCCACGCCCACUUUUCACCACUGGAAGGUCGACAACAAAAAAUGCGGCCUGACGUUCCAGAGCCCCGCCGAUGCCCGUGCCUUUGACAGAGGUGUGCGGAAAGCCUUGGAGGACAUAACGGAGGGUUCCACAACUUCCUCUUCAACACUCCAGAAUGAGGCUGAACUUGGGGAUGAUGAUGUGUUCACAACUGCCACCGACAGCUCCUCAAACUCAUCUCAGAAGAAGGAGAUCUCUACACAGCUUGUGGCCACCUCCACCUUCUACGAGCCUCAUCUACAUCGCUGUAUUCUGCAGUACCGGCCACCUGAGCGCUACAGCCUAGAUCAGAAGUUCUCCAGGAACCCCUUCCAGUUUGAGGAUGAGGAGAUUGUUCGAAUCAACCCCCGGGAGCGCUGGCUGAUCACAGGCUACGAGGACUACCGAUACGCCGCCGUGCCGGACAAGUUCACCCAACACGAGGACUCGGACUCGUACGUUCACAUAGCUAAGAACGAACCCUUAAAGCACGACUACAACUACCCCUACGUGCCCAGCUCUGACUUCAGCCAGUGCGACCUCAAGAGCCACUGCGAAGGCGUAGUGGCCACCCAGCCGCGGGCGUUCAAGCUCAAGGGCAAGCGAAGGAAAGAGGACGGAGAGCGAUCGCGCUGCGCUUACUGCCGGGACAUGUUCAAUCACGAGGAAAACCGGCGCGGGCAGUGCCACGACGCCCCCGACCCCAUCCGGACCUGCAUCCACCGGGUCAGCUUCAUGUGGUGCGCUGACAGCAUGCUCUACCACUGCAUGUCUGACCCGGAGGGAGAGUACUCGGACCCUUGCUCGUGCGACUCCAGCGAGGAGCAUUUCUGUCUUCGCUGGACGGCCCUGCUGGGUCUGUCGCUGUUGGCGCCUUGUCUGUGUUGCUACCCACCGCUCCACGGGUGCCACCGCUGCGGCGUGGCCUGCGGCUGCUGCGGAGGGAAGCACAAGGCCGUCGGGUGAACGAACCUUAAACACGCCCCUCAGAAUGCUAGCACUGAGGAGGGCAGGAGCAGACUGUCCUUUACUUUACGUUCUCUCCUGGCUCCAGAAAACAGUUGGUGCGUUGAAAACGUUCUCUUUUGGUUGUUUUUAUAAAUAUGAAAGUAUAUAUAUGUGUAUGUGUAUCUUUUCUUUCCCUUUUGUUGUGGAUGCUUCUCUCAGUUCCUCGGCUCUCCUGGAGCCCUCAUGUCAUGCAUUACUUAUGCAGGUACUUUAUAUUUUUUUACACUGAUUUGACUUUUCAAGAACUUGAAUCGCUUGUUGUUUUUACGGCGCGCAGUCGUUUGGGAAGAAGUUGCUUUUUACUCUUCCUGAACAGUACCGUACAUAAACUGGCAUUUAUAUCCCAAGCCCUUUAACCGUUCAGAACAAUAACAAUGAGAUUAGCUCGAGACACUAAACCUGUAGUCGGAAGCGUCUGUUUGUAGUGCGAUUGUGGGAGAGCGUGUGUCGAUGCCUGCAUGCGUGUUGUAAAGGAAUGAUAACAUUGUAUCACAGCAUAGUAUUGUCGUUAUUAUAUUUAAGCCAAAUUUACAUAAGCUGCAUCCAGAGUAAUGUAAAUACUGUAUAUGUUUCAAAUCAAAUUAUUGUAAUCACCUUCGACAGCCACAGCUGCGCUUCAGACAUGGGACAUUUUCCUUAGAGUUGACUUCUUUUGGAUGCAAGGGUGGCUUUUGAGUCUGAUGCAUAUUUGAUAUCCAAAGAUUAUUUUUGUCAUAUUUAUUUUUGCAGUCAAUCGAAUCACCAGCCAAAGGGAGAAAAAAAAUAGAGAGAGAAAUCAUCAGACUGUAGGCAAAAAAGCACAGCCAUAUGGGAAAAGAGGAAUUUCCAGUGAGCCCAUGCCGCCUCACCUGCAAAAAAAAUAAAUAAAAAGUUUUAAUCAUAAUUUUUGUCUUGAAAAACAUAAUCAAAAUAUCCUCACAACAAGGAACUUUUUAGAUUUUUUUUAGAAAAU